GCGUCAGCCACGGCCACGAAUAAUAGGAAACACAAUUCUUAUAUCGUAUCAGUUUAAAAAUUCUUUAAAUUAAUAAAACAAUAGAAUAAAACAAAUUCUUCAACUCAGUAUUCUAAGUGCUAAUAGAAAAAGUUAAAUUAUUCAUCUAACUAUGUUAUAAAUAAGAUGAACUCCGAGUAACAUUCGCGCAUCUUCCGUUGUUGCGGCCGAAAAGUAGUUUCACGGGAAAAAAUAAGUGACAAAAGAUGCCUUUUGUUAAUAUCAAAAAGCAAUAUUUUGUAAUCGGGAUGUUAUUUUUUGUAGUUUUAUUUUUGUUUAAUAGUCGACCUGCGUUUCAAUGUCAAUUUACGCCAGAAAUCAUUCCAUAUAUCCCAACAAUCUAUGGGAUAACACCGACGUACGCAAGACUUGCACAGAAGGCAGAUCUCACAAGAUUGUCGCAGACUCUGAUGUUGGUGAAGAACUUUCACUGGAUUGUUAUUGAAGACUCUAGUACGAAGACAAAAUUAGUUGAAAAUCUCCUUAAAGAAUCAAUGCUCAAGUACACGCAUCUAAAUGUUAAAACCCACAAGUUAAAACAUUCAACGGCAAGUGGUGUCGAACAAAGGAAUGUAGCUUUGAACUGGCUCCGUGAACAUUUAUUGAAGAUUCAUGAUACAAAGGGUGUUGUUUACUUCAUGGAUGAUGAUAACACAUACUCUCUUAAAGUUUUUGAUGAGAUGCGAAAAAUUAAGAAAGUUGGAGUAUGGCCUGUCGGUAUAGUGGGUGGCAUGAGAGUUGAAAUGCCACUUGUAACCGAUGGAAAAGUGUCCGGGUUCAAUGCUGUUUGGAAACCGUUCAGACCAUUCCCAAUAGAUAUGGCUGGCUUUGCUAUUAAUGCUACAUUGUUUAUAGACCAUCCCGAGGCCAAGUUUUCAAGAAAGGUACAAUCUGGUUAUCAGGAAAGUGAAAUUCUCAAGUAUGUUGUAACAAAAGAAGAGUUAGAACCGCUGGCGGAGAACUGCACCAAAGUGUAUGUGUGGCACACACGCACACAAACACCGUCAAUACUCAAUCCGAAGAAAUUAAAACAUCCCCCAUUGCCCGACGGCCAUAUUGAAGUGUGAAUUGAAUAUAUACAGCCAUAUUGACAUUUGAAUUCAAUACAUUUGAAGUCAUAUUGAAGUAUCAAUUCAACAUGGCUUUCAACCAAUUUUUUUUAAAAUUUAGAAUUCAAUAUUUAUGUCAGCCAUAUUUUAUUACGGGUUCAAUAUGGUGAUCAACUAUUUUGAACUUAGAAUUUAAUAAGGCGAUUAGCCAUUUUGAAUAUGGAAUUUAAUGUGGCGAUUAGCCAUUUUGAAUUUGGAAUUUAAUAUGGCGAUUAGCCAUUUUGAAUUUGGAAUUCAAUAUGGCAGCUAUAUUAAGAUGUGCGCUUCAUCUUAUCAUACUACUACCUUUUGGAUUCCUGUUAGAGUUUUAGGCAUACAUUAAGUGAAGCUGGACAGGGUGAUUAUUUUCGAAGGCGUCCUUAAAAAUCUAGCUAUAUACCUAUCUUUUAGACGUAGACUAGUUGCAUUUGACUAAAAUUCCCUAAUGAUUAGACUUAUAUGUAAAUUAACAACAUAUGUAUGUACUGAUAAAUCUGUUUUUUUAUUUACACCAGUAUUAUAUAAAUAAUUCAAUAUAUAAAUAGUAUCGACCUUUAGUGAACGCUAGCUUUUUAGUUUUAUACAUAUUCUCUACUACGUUUAUUUUUUUAUUAGUAUAAUUAAGCUUUAUUUUUAUAUAUCGGUUCUUUUUGACGUUAUGUAAAGUAUUUUACUCUUAUUUAAAAAAAAUCACAUUCUUUAUGUAAUCGUGCUCCUUGUAUAUGUAUGAUAUCGGAUUAUUGUAAUUAUUAUUCAAAAAUUGUAUGGAAAAGGCUUGUUUAAAUACAAAGAUGAUUUAUUGAACUUAAUUUUAGGCAAUAUAGUCAGUAUUUUCAAUACUCUCGUCUCGUUUUAGGGUCCAUCUAUGUAAUUUAUUUUCAAAACAUAGAUUUUUUGAAAGUUAAAAAAUGUUUCUUUUUUUUACUUUAGAGAUGAGAACUUACAAUUACGGUUGCUUGAUCGGUAACUAACUUCAAGUGCUUAAUAAGUUACCAGUGUUAUUUUGAAGUGUUUUUUCUUUAAAUUGCAGCUAGUUAUGAUUAUUGUCAUAUCUACAAAUCGUUUAAUUUUUUUUAUUUUACGUACCUAUACAUGUUCAAUAUUUAUUGCUUCUAUAAAACCUUAUAUUUAUCGAGUUUU